GAUACGUUAGAUUCAUUCCUUUCGCCAGGGACAAUUAUCCAGCUUCUUCGAAGCCCUAAUGCAAACAGGCUCACUCGUGCUGCAAUGACCAGCAUGUUUACUACUAGUGAACUUGCAACUGGGUUGGUAACCGGCCAACGCUUAAAAAAGGAAGACAAAUAUCGGCCAGUGUUGGACCAAAAGAAAAUCAAUGCGAUAGUUGAAUUUGUCUGCAAGGCACAUCCAGAUGUUACAGCAGCAGCCGUUCGCAGUAAAAUGUCUCAGAAGUGCAAGGACACAAGGCAUUCCAUGAAAAGGAUAGAAAAGACUACUAGUUAAAUGUAUAAAUCAUCUAUAGGCCUACUUUUAAACAGUACUUAUAUGCAAUGAUGUUUAUGCCACUAACAAUGCAAUAGAUAUGUUUUAUAUAGUAUUAUAACAAUUUGGUAGAU